AUGCCAUUUAUGGCAUGUAAUCGCCAAGUUGAUUCGAUUGAUAGACGUCAAUGUAAUUUACAAACUGUACCUCAUGAGGUUGAACGUUAUGCACGACAUUUAGAGGAACUUCUUCUUGAUAUGAAUCAUAUAAAAGAACUUCCUAAAGUAUUAUUUCGUCUAACAAAACUUAAAACUUUGGGUCUGAGUGAUAAUGAUAUUUAUACAUUACCUGCUGAUAUUGCUCAACUUCAUAGUUUGAUGGAUUUAAAUUUAAGUAGAAAUGAUAUUUCUGAUUUACCAGAAGAAAUAAAUGCAUGUCGACAAUUGAUGAUUCUUGAUUUAAGUUCUAAUCCUAUAACUCGACUACCGGCACCAAUAACAGAAUUGACAUCAUUAACACAUCUUGGUUUAAAUGACAUAACCUUAACACAACUUCCAACGGAUAUUGGCCAACUAUGUAACCUUCGUUCAUUAGAAGUUAGGGAAAAUUUGAUAAAAUCUAUUCCACCAUCUGUUGUACAACUAAGGUAUUUACAACGUUUUGAUUUAGGUCAAAAUGAAUUAACCUCUUUGCCACCUGAAAUAGGAGGGUUAGUGUCAUUACAAGAAUUAUAUAUUGACUCAAAUGAAUUGACAGGUUUACCAGAAGAAUUGUUAUGUUGUAAAAAUUUGGAACAAUUAGAUGUUUCUGAAAAUAAGCUUGUUUCAUUACCAGACAGUUUUGGUGAAUUGAAUAAAUUAACAGAUUUAUCAUUAAGUCAAAAUUCACUUCAAUUUUUACCUAAUUCAUUUGGUAAAUUAAAGAAACUAGUUACGUUAAAAGUUGAUAGAAAUUCAUUAACAUUACUUACACCUGCAAUCGGAAGUUGUACAGAACUUGUUGAAUUAUUUCUUACUGAAAAUUUGUUAUCAGAAUUACCUAGUUCCAUUGGACAUUUAACAAAAUUAAAAACAUUAAAUAUUGACAAAAAUCAAUUAAAAUCACUACCAUCAACGAUUGGAGCAUGUAAUUCAUUGACUGUCUUUAGUAUGCGUGAAAAUUUACUUGAAGAUUUACCUUUAGAAAUUGGAAGGUUGGAGAAUUUAAUUGUUCUUGAUGUUUCAAAUAAUAGAUUAUCAUUUUUACCAUAUACUGUUAAUGUUUUAUGUAAAUUACAAGCUUUAUGGUUAUCAGAAAAUCAAUCUCAAGCUUUAAUGAAAUUACAAACAGACAUAGAUCCAAAAACAAAUAUGAAAGUUUUGACAUGUUAUCUUCUUCCACAACAAUCUGCACCACAAUCAGAUGCUAAUAAAUUAGUGGGUUCAAAGAGUUUCUUAGGCGGACCCAAAGUGCAUUUUGGUGAUGAUGAAUUACCUGAUGAAGAUCAUGUUGGUGAUAUUGGUAAAUUUGAAAGGCAUAAUACUCCUCAUCCAAAACCACAUAAUGGUAAUACUAAAGUAAAGAAAACGACAAACGAUAAUAAUCAUAGUCAAAAUGAAGAAAUUAAAAUAAAUAAUUUUUCUAACAAUGGAAUUGGAAGUAAAGUGCAAGAUUCUAACUCUUUACCUAGAAGUGCACUUAAGCAUUCUUCAACAUCUUCUUGUAAUGAAGCACAAUCAUCUACAUCAUUGCUUUCAGCAUCUCAGGGUGAUCGUAUAUGUUCACGCUUUGGUGUUUCUGAAAGCCAAUUUGAUGAUUCAACUCAAUUAGAAGUUAAAGAAUGUCUAACUAAUGAUGGAGAAAACAAGAUGAAAAAAAGUAGUAGUCAUGUUUCAUUUGGACAUGGAACUGUUGAUAAUGAAUUAACUCCUCAUAAAUUAAAACGUACUAAAACCCCUUAUUACGGUAAAAGUUCUAAACAUAAUCUUGUUGGUAGAUCUCUUGACAAUCUACAUUCUUAUAAAUCUUCAAAAUCAUUAAAUGAUAAUAUACCAGCUUCAAAAUCAUCUGAUCAUAUUGUUUCUUUUAAUGAGGAAACAAUUGAUAAUGAAGAUUCAUUACAUAAACUUAAGCGUACUAAAACUCCUCAUUACUCUAAAAGUUACAAAGCAAAUAUUUCUACAACUAAAGCAUUAAAUGAUGAUGAUAGUAUUGAAAUGGGUAAACAAAAAAAAUCAAUUUCUGAGCUUUCUGUUUGUUCUCAACAAUCACGUGUUGUAUCAUUUAAUGAAAAUACUACUAGUAAUGAGCCUCCUGUCCAAAAGUUAAAACGUACUCAAACACCUCAUUACUCAAAAAAUUUUAAACGCCAUUUAUUUUCUCAAUCUUGUGAUAAUGAUAAUGACAGUAGGGAUGAAGAAGAUAUUGGAGUCACUUUUAAUGUUCCUCGUUUAUCAAAGUCUUCCAUUGAAGUUUCAUUCUCUGGUACAGCUAUAGAUAAUGAAAAUAAUGAAUUUAAAAAAGUUAAACGAACAAAGACACCAUAUUAUCCUAAAAAUUUUAAACCUAUAAUUUCUUCUUAUUCUCUAAAUAAGGAAGAUGGUAGUGUUCGAUGUAGAAAUGUUACAUUUAGAUCUUCAAUUUCUUCUGAAUCAUCUCAUGGAGUUAUUUUUGAUGAGUCAACUAUUGAUAAUGAAAAUUUACCACACAAAUUAAAACGUACAAAAACACCACAUUAUAAAAAAGAUCAUAGACCUAGUUUAGUUAGUCGUACUUCUAUUGAUAUCAUGAAUAUAAAAAAUGAUGAUCAUCCUGAUGAUGAUGUAAUUUCUACAAACUCUAGUGACCAUGUUGUAUCAUUUGUUGAAGAUACCAUUGAUAAUGAAAAUAUUGAACAUAAAUUGAAAAGAACUAAAACUCCACAUUAUUCAAAAACUUUCAAACCAUGUAUAAUAAAAAAAGAUUUUGACAAUUAUGAUUGUGAAGUAGAUGAUAAGUUAUUUACUAAGAGUACCUCACAAGAUUCAGAAUCUUCACAAUCCUCUGAACAUGUUGUGUCGUUUGACGAUGGUGUUAUUGAUAAUGAAGAUUCUCCUGUCAAAUUAAAAAGAGUCAAAACACCUCAUUACUCUAAAGUUGAUAGACCUUUCUUUGUACGUAGAGAUUCUCAUGCAUCUAGUACUUCUGAUUAUGGAACUCAUAUAAAAUUUGCUGAUGAUACUAUUGACAAUAGUGAAGCAGAACCAAAAUUAAAACGUACUAAAACUCCACAUUACAAAAAAGAUCAUCGACCUUCAUUAUCUAGUGGUAAUUCAAGCUUCAUAUUUUCUAAUGAUGAUGAUGAGGAUGAAGAUGAGGAAAAUUUUAAUAAAUUUGAAAAUAUAGAAAAAGCAUCAUGUUCAGUGUCGUUUGCUGAUCAAAUACCAGAAGAAACGUUAUCUUGUAAGUUAAAAAGAAUUAAUACUCCUCAUUAUAAAAAGGGUGUCCGGUUCAAUUCAAGUAAGACAAGUUUAUUAACUGAUGAAACUGAUAAUUUUGACUGCCCAUCAGACUUAAGUUCUAAUGAAGAUAACAAAUUAUGUAAUACUUUGUUAGAUGAUAAAAAUGAGGAGGACACAAAGAAAGUAGAAGAAUUAGACAUAGACAAUGAUAAUAAUUUUAAGAGUACAAUACUUUCUGAUGAUGUUGACUUAUCUUCAUUAAAUACUACAGAACGUUCUUUUGUAUUGAAAUUAUCAAAAAAGAAAUGUGUUAAAAUUGAAGAUUCUUGUAACAAUGACAAUGAAUCGUCAAAUGAUUUUAAAUUAAAUAGACAAAAUACCCCACAUGUUCGUCGGAGCGACUUAACAAUUCAACAACAACAACAAAACAAUAAUUUAAUGGAAACUAAACGAAUUAGAGUAAAACGUGAUGAUAAUAAAAGUAUUGGUUUAACUAUUGCUGGAGGUAUAGAAUGUACUCCUUAUAAAGAAAAUGACUCUGGAAUAUUUAUAUCAAAAUUAGCACAUGAUGGUCCUGCAAUGACUGCUGGUUUAAAAGUUGGUGAUAAAAUUUUACGAGUUAAUGAUAUUGAUGUACAAAAUAUACGUCAUGAACAAUUUAUUGAAUGUAUGAAAUGCGCUGGGGAUGUUUUUAUUCUUACAAUUCAACGUGAUAAUAAUACAAAUUUUAUGCCAACACCAAUUUCAUCACCUCUCCCUGAACCACCAUAUUCACUUAAUUCCUCAUUUAUUGAUAAUGAUAAUAAAAAAAGAGAAUUAAUGAAUUUUAUUGUAAAACGUGAUUAUAGUGGUUCACCAGGUUUUUCUAUUGUUGGUGGACAAGGAAAAACAAAAGAAGAAAUUAUUAUUGUAUCAUCUGUUACUUUAGGCGGUCCUGCUGAUAAAGUUGGAUUAAAAACAGGAGAUAUUAUAUUAAGUAUAAAUGGUACAAGUGUUAAAGGAAUACGUCAUGAUCAAGCUGUAACUUUAUUAACAGGUUCUCCAGGGCAGGAAGUAAAAAUUAAAAUUUUAAGAGAUACAUGUGUAAUUCCUCCUAUUGUUACACCCGUUACAUCUCCAAUUCCACCAGUAAUGUGUAAUAGCAUUUCUUCAAUAUCAAAUAUUUCAACAAUACCAUUAAAAACAAUUAUUUUUGGUGAACCAUCAUGGGAUGGAAAAAUUGAAAGUAUUGAAUUGCAAAGAGAUCUCAAUAAAUCACUAGGUCUUUCUAUUGUUGGGGGAUCUGAUCAAUGUUCUCAUCCAUUUGGUAUCGAAAAGAGAGGUGUUUUUAUAUCAAAAAUAACCCCUAACUCCCCAGCUGCAUAUUGUGGGCGAUUAAGAAUUGGUGAUAGGAUUUUAUCUGUUAAUGAUAAAGAUAUUAGAAAUUCAAAACAUAAAGAAGCUGUUGAUAUUUUAAAAAGUAGUGGUCCAAUACUUAAAAUAGGUGUCCUUCAUGAACCUCAACCUUCUGGCCUUAAAGAAGUAUCAAUUAGGAGAAGAGUACAAAAUGAAUCAUUAGGAUUAGUUAUCUGUGGUGGAACUAGGAGCCCUCAGGCAAAUCCAAAUGAUAAAACUGAUGAAGGUAUCUUUGUUGAAAGAGUUGAUCCUAAUAGUUGUGCUGCUGAAUGUCCUUCAAUACAUAAUGGUGUUAGAAUUCUCGAGGUUAAUGAUGAUUCUAUUUUGGGAUGUACUCAAGAUGAAGCUGCUUCUCUUUUAAGAAACUCAGGAAUACAUGUUAGACUUUUAAUAUGUGAUGGAUUCAAUAAAUCAUCUAGUAUAACAAAUACAUCACCUAUCCUUAACACUAUUGAAACUUCAUCCAUUAUUAAUGCUCCUGAAUCUGUCCCUGAUUUUGGGACUGAAGAAAUUAUUGCUUCAUCUCCAAAUUUAAAUAUCACUCUUCUAGCAGCAAAUUCACCACUCUCAAUCGACAGUAAUUCGGCAUUAAACACUAAUAGUGACUUCACUUCAACAACACCUCAACCUUCAGCUUAUGAUUCUCAUAAUUUUAAAUCAAAUAUAGCUUUUGAAGAUGCUGUACCUUUAAUUACAUCUACCCCAUUGCCGCCAGCUGAUGAUAAUUCUAAGAUUCCAAAAUUAAAAAUUCCCCCUCCAGUUGCUCCAAAACCAACAUUAAAUACUUUUUCUCAAUCUACAUUACAAAAUACUCCUUCAAAUGAUGAAAAAAAUACUGUUACUCAGGAUGCUGAACUUUUACCUUUUUCAUCAAAGUUAAAGAAAUUUGAAAGUGAAAUAUCAUUUGCCUCGAAAGGUAUUUCAACUAAAAAUGACAAACAUUCAAAAAGUACAACAUCAAUUCCAGCUAAAAAACCACUUAUUACAGAAGAUGAAAUAAAAAAAAUAAAAGAGGAAGAAGAAGGUAAAAAGAUGAAUUAUCUUACGAAUCAAAAUGAUAUUCCUUCACCAUCAAUUGAAGGUAAUUUUGAUCAGAUGAUUAGCAAAAUACCCAUUUCAACUAAUGGACCAAGUGUCGUUAGAACAAAAAAAGCUGAAAUGAGAUUAGCUAAUAUUACAGGAAAUCAAAGUAAUAAUGAUGUUUCUCCAUUAACAGCAAUUGAACAACAUGCUUUAGAAUUAAAAAAACGGCAAGAGUGGAGGCAGGCAAGAUUAAAAAGUAUUGAUAAUGAUAUGGCCAAGACAGAAGAAGUACUCAAUAGUUUUCAACGUAUCAAUAGUAGAGUAGGAAAUAUGAGUGAAGAUGGUAGUAUUCCACCAACACCAAUACCUCGACCACUUAAUGAUUCCUCAAAUAAAACAGAACCAUAA